CCUGACUCGGUUCACUGCUGCUGCUGCCGAGGAAACCUAACACACAGCUACCCGCCCCCAUCCAUCGGUGUGGCCUUUUGGCCUAUGAUGUGGCCCGUCGACCGCUGCGCUAUCAACAACUCACUUCUCUCCGACAGAUUUACUUACUAGAAAUACCAAUGCAGUUGCUCUCACGAUUCAAACAGAAUCAUCGGUUCCUCGGCUAUAUCAAGCGCGAUGCUGCUUGGAGUUGUGACGGUCGCAGUGGCUACAGGGACCGCAUCAGCGUUGUGUUAACCUCCUCGCCAGAUAACUGUUAGCCUGAUAAUACUGAUAUGAUAACAAAGACAGGGGUUGCGCGGCUGUGGCCGCACUCUGCUGGCUGCUGGCGGUGCUGGUGCAGAUUCAACAACGACAACGACGACGACGGCGAGAGAGACGGACGUUGUCGGCAGAGCGAUUACAAGGGCUACGACGAGUUGCGCUAUUGUCAGGGAAAGCGCUUUCAGGUCGACAUCGUUCGCCAGUCAAACCGAGUGGAGUUAGGACACAGUCAGUCCAGUUGUGUCGCCCUGGUUGGUGUUCUUUGACGAAUGUUCGAGCGAGACGGGAUACGGCGUGAGCGCUGACUCUUCAUUUGUGGCAGCGGCCGCAAAGAUCGUCCGUAACAGCGCUGGCAUAUCCAACCAUUCAGUCGGUGGAAUUGUUAGUGGUAGUCAACCUUACCCUACAAUAAAAAGAACAGAACGAUUAUGAGUACAUAGAGUAGGAGCUAUUGCUGCGGUAAAGCUUCGGCGGCGGCGGCGGCGACGACGGCAGAGGCAGCCGUUGUGAGGAACUACCUCAAAGUAUAAAGAUCAUGAUCAACGACAUCGACGUUCUCAUCAUCACCAGUAGCGACACCAGCGACACCAGUAGUAUUUCUAAACUGAUCGGUAUAUGAAGCAACGAUAGACGAGAAGGUGGAAAAGGCGACAAACACGUUAUAGUGAAAUUCAAUUUUUUGAAUCUGUGAAGAGCAUUGAACACAUAUGCGAAUCACCUUCAGACGCCAGCUACCACCCACAACUAUCUUCUAGUAGCCUCGUAGUGUACUAGAAGCACAUAAGAUAAUUGUAGCUUGUCUAGUUGAUCGGAAGAGAUGAACAAAUAGCUUGUUGUUGUGAUUUGCUAGAGACUUUAGAGUUGUCAAAACAUCGUGAGCGUCUUUGCAUCGGGGCGCGGUACGCGGAAAGCGAUAGUGGCUGGAUAAUCACAUGAAACAGUAACGACAGUGACGAUGCGUGGCCCAUAAUUAUAGAUGUCAGCGGCAAUGUGUUCAUCGAGUUCUGUGAUACCUGUGAUAGUGCUUUACAUGGCUUUAAUAAAGUGAACGGCCAUUUAGGCAAGCAAUAUUGAUAAGCGCGCCACCUAGGAGUUACCAUAGAGCGACAUAAAGGCUAACUCCAAAUACAGAAAUGGAGUCCCGCGAGCGGAGCGAGCAGAAGCAUCCCGUAUUAUUGCAGACGACCGUACUAAGCCAGACCACUGGUCAGCCAGUAUAUACGCUGAUCAAACUUCCUCCCGGCACAACUAUUGAGAGCUUGGCCAGCAUUCUAAAAAGCAACGACAAGAUGCCGGCAGUUCGAAAGGAGGUCAUCACAUUUGGCGAACGGGCUCGCCAGACCUUCUCGGAAGAUGAUCGCGACGAUGACUCUGGCAGACUUGAAAUCGAUAUGACAGAAGAUGAAACCGUUGAAGCCGACGACGAGAUGUCCAGGAAUGAAACGUUUCGUGCAAGUUCUAGCCCACCCGCGGCCAGCUCGUCGGAGGAUACAGUUCCCUCAGUUGAACAGGGUAGAGACACACUGCCCACGCCGCCAUCUAGUCCUAAUCCAACCCCGAACACAUCCGAAGCCCCUGUUGGAGCUUCAUUCCUCGCUAUGAUACCUGAAUUGUCGCGCGCUGGAUGUCAUAACUCCCACAAAGCGGCGAUUCUCGGUGGGCGAUACGUUCUCCAGAAAACGAAUAGCAGGGCAAGGCUAACUGGCCCAUUCUAUUGCAAUGCUUGCGGCUUACGCUUUGACUGGCAUAGCAGCGCGAGAAUGCAUUUGAAUUUUCAUAAUCGUGACUACGAGGCCUGUGACAAGUGCGCGAAGCGGCAACAGAACCCCCAGCCACAGUUGUCUGGUGGUAAAAACACAGCUGGAUCACCCAGCGGUGGACAUGGUCCUGAUAAAACCGGCAGGCCUCCACGGUGCACGGUGUGUAAUAAAUCGUUCUACCUAUGGAAGACGUACUUAGCACAUCAGGACAAGCACAAGGACAAAGUCAAAUGUCCGCUGUGUUGUAAGUUUUUCCAGAGUCUUCACAAUGUCGGCCGACAUUACUACGAUGAACAUAGUGGAGUUCAGAUCACGUGCAACAUGUGCGGUAAUGGCUAUCGUGCCUUUAAGCAGUACCAAACCCACAUGGAAACCAUGCAUAUGAUGGAAGAGCGGGCUAAAAUGUCAUCUGCGCCCCCCGAUGAUGGCAACGUCAACUACUCUAUUGACCUGCCCACAUUGCAACAGCUUGACCCUUCAAUCCGCGUAUUCUCCUCGGUAGAGCGCACCUGCCCAGUUCCCAACUGUGGGCGAAUUUUCUCGACACAGCAUACGAUGCAGCGCCAUAUAUACGAUUUACACUCUAAUGAGCAGCUGCCGUGUGGCCUAUGUGGCAACGCCUAUCGAACGUAUUUGCAAUUUGAACGGCACUGCGAGCUUUUUCAUGGUGAAAACUUCCGUAUCGAACUGCCGGUGGGCGAAAUUAGCUUGCCCUUGAAACGCAAAAGGGAUUCAGUGGUUAGCGAAAGUGCCGAAUAUAUGAAAAGCAUUCCGUCCUUGCCUCGACCACGAACUAAAGCUAGCAAGACGACAUCCUCGUCAACAGCAGCAGCCGUAACGUUAACGACAGCAUCUGCCUCCCAGGCUGCAGUUCCUGCGCCUGCCGCCAAUAAAAGCCCCACUGCUCCUUCUACAUUACCUGUUUCUACUUCCUCCGUAUCGUCGACAAAUACCGUGACUGGUAGAACCGCUCCUACCGCCACAUCUACUUCACUUGGUAGUGUAGCACGCAAGCGCAAUCCAUCGACGAAAACUAAAUUUAGAGUUGUGGUAGCGCCAUUGGAUGAGCCUUUGGACAUGAGCCUUGUCAAGCUGGAACCUUUCUAUGAUGUAAUUCUGCCUGACUGACUAUUGGUGCGGCCUGUAGAAGAUCAUUCAAGAAUGGAAACGAAAGCUGAUGCUCGUUGCAUCGCAAAGAAGAUGAACAAAUGGAAUCUAUUUGGAAAUAUAGUGUACAUAAAUAAACCAAUCACUCUUAGAUGACAGAGUUGUAUUUGCGUAUUCAAUUCAACUGAAAAAUUCCUAUUCUGGGUUUGGCGCGCUUGUCGGACAUCAAUUAUUAGCUGCAGACGACUUUAGUUUAAGUAUGUCUAGGGAACUACCGUCACUGUUUUUGCCGUUCAAAUGAAAAUAAUGACGAACGCUCUAAACGCUUACUGAAAACGGACACAUUUCGUCAGAAGAUUCGCUUGUAUUUAAUCUUAGUGCUGCGACAUAUUAAGUCUUUGUGUUGGAAGAGAAUAGCAACAUCAGAUUAAAGAUGGUGAGGAACGUUAUCUCAUCUAAAACAGCCUGGCGCUAGUCAUGUUUUCUUCAUGGAUCUGUACACGAGUCGUGCCUAUAACGUUAAAGAAAUUCAGCCUGAACACGCAUAUAAAAUGUAAAAAUCUUCCGUUCUUUCCGAUUCUUUGUUAUACGCAAUUCAAAACCCUUUGUUAACCCUACGAAUGCAUUGUUUCGUCGUGUUUUGUACCUGUAUUUUGAAGUGGAUGUAGCACUCAUUGAAAUGCGACAAUUAAGACAUUUUCUAAAAUAAAGACCGAUUUUAGGAUUGAAAGUCUUUUAUGUGAGAAUAAAUGGUAAUAAGUAUAAAUUAUAAGUGAACAUACUCCACAGAAGAUGAAAGAUUAACACACUGGAAUAAUAAACAGAAGGUAAAGAUAAACGGUAUCACUCAUCUCUUAAUAGAUUUUGAGGCUUUUUGUAACUGUGUUUUCUUGUUUUUAAAUAAGUUUCGAAUCACUGGUCAGUCACUUCCCGUUUGUUUCUUUAAAUGCUUUUGCGGUUUUUGCUUUAUGAAAUGUUUCAAAAAUCCUAUUUCAAUUUCUCGGCUCGAAUUCAAAUUUCGUGUACCAGGCAAGGGUUUCGAAAAGCAAAGAACCCUUGAAAAGUAUAGAACACUUGCCGAUUAGCAGACGAUACAUUGGGAAGGGGAGUCAAUAAAUACGAAAAGCGUUCCGUAACUCAGAGGGCAACAGCUUACGUCUACGCCUGAUAUCUGCAAACUCAUCUACAUUUGCCAUAUGCAUAAAAUUUAGUUUCAAGGGAGGCCAGACAAGAAAGCCGACAAAUUGUUGUAAUCGAGGUUCUUGUGCGUUGUCUGCAAAUGCCCCAAGGCGAACAACGGUGUUGGCCAUUUACUGCCAUUUAGCUCUCUAUUACAAAGAUAUUCCGAGGAACAGAAUAUAGGCCGCUAUGCAAACGUUUAGUAAAGUGUUUCUCCAUUGAUUAGCGCAUAAGAAAUGCUUAAAGUUUUAUCCACUUUAUUAUUUUUUCAGUUUCAGAUAAAUAUAGAGUUUUGUAGAU